GUUUUUGGAUUGAGAUUGGUUGGUGUUCGAAAGCUUGGUUUGUCCUUUCCGGAUUGAGUUUGUAUGCAUGUGUUGCAUAGACGAAUAUGGUAUAAUUGCUGAAAUAGGGUGAGAGGUAGAUCGAUGGAUGUUAUGAUAUUCGAUGUUUAUUAAUCUCUUCGUAGUAGAUGAACACGAUGAAAUUCUCGAACAUGAAUUUGAGGCGAAAAUUAGGAAUUUUGAGAUUUUCCGACACGUUAUGAAUUAUGAAAAUUACACGUACACACGAGCUAACAAUUACUAUAGAAGAAGUCGACAAUGAUGACAAUUAAAGUAGCGACGACAUAUAUAGAUAAUUCGAUGGAGGAUGAAGAUCCCUUUCGUGAGUAAACCCCCCCCCCCAAGUACUUUGAUCUCGUUGUAGACAUGAAAACUCGAAAAGGGCGAUCUCUAUCAAACGCCUCAUCAAAAUGUUUUGCAUCUCCUAUAUAUGAUGCAACUCUCCGUGUGCUUCCUUUAAUUGCUAAAACUUGGUGGACCAUUCCAUAGGGCUCUUACAACAUCGUCUGUGUAAGGACGUGCUCACAGCAUCAAAACGGUCGCUCAAUAUCAAACGUUGAGCACCGUAAAACCGUGCAACAAACGAUGAGCACCGUAAUACAUAUGAUACUACGCGUUUAUCUUGUGAUCAAUGUCGUUUGAUGUUCAAUCAAGGCAAGUGUGCACGUCGUAAGCACGUCCUCACAUGUGAUGUUGUAACUUGUAAGCUUCUUAGCAAAAUUCACUUGUGUUGUUGCUCAAAUGAUUAUACAAGAAGGGGGGGCAGUCAUGUAACUUGCUAGGGUGAGAGCAAGAGAGAAAGAAGGAAGGAGAUGGAUGUGACCCCCAUAGUAGUAAAUGAAAGAGGAAGAAGGAAACCCCAAAAGGACUUCAAUGGGGAUACAGUCUUACAGACACAUCCUAUAGCUAUAUGGGCAGGGAAGGGAACUACCCUAGAGACAGAAAGGGUGAGAGAGAGUGCUUUACAGUCUUAUACACAUUGGUCUAGCUAGACCAAACUAGGAGUUGGGGAAAAAAGCAAAAGAGAUAGGGCUUCUGUGUAAAAGGUUGGGGGGAGAGUGACAUCAAAAUGCAAGGGCUGGCGUCACUCUGGAAUUGUUCCUUUUGCACUCAGUGAGGAGGCAGCUCGAACUUUAUUAGUGUAAAAUGGAUGGUCUCCCACAGCCCACGGCAAGCUGUCUUCUCUUCUUCUUCUUCACUUUUCUCUGUUCAACAAUCACAAGGGCAAUAGCCAAUAGGGCAUCAUCAUCAUCCCAUGCCAUUCCCUCCCUCCACUGUCCCUUGGGAGGAGGGGCUGCAUGCCUUCAAAUUGGAGGAUUAGCCUCAUCCCCAAGAAGGUCUAAUGGAGUGAUGGAUUUUGGAGUAAUUGGACUAAUGGUGUUCAUUUUGAUAUAUAUAUAUAUAUAUGGAUCUCCUACAGUAACUUGGGUAUAAUUUCAAAUUAGGUAACUUGUAUAGAUCUAAACCGUUAAAAUUGAUCAAACAAAUUUUAAACCAUUGAUUAAAGAAAUUAAAAAAUAAAAAAAUAAGUAAAAUAAAAAUUAAAAGCAACAGGUUGGCGGUCACCACCUUCACAAUUUACCUUUCUUAUAUAUUCUCUUUCCUUUUUCAUAUUUAGUCGAAUUUCCUUAUUUUAUUUUUUCCUUAUUUUAAUUGUUAUUGAAUUAGAAGCGUUACGUAAGCCUUCCGUAAUAACUUAGCUCUUUACGUAACACGACGUUAAUACUCAUUACGUAAAAAUACCUUCCAUUACGUAAGGCUUCCGUAAUUACAUUUUACAACUGUUACGUAAAAUACACAUUCAUUACGUAAAGAUUAAGGAAUGAUAGUUAUUUCUUACGUAACAGUUAAAUCGGAAGCGUUACGUAAGGCUUCCGUAAUGACUUUGCACUUUACGUAACGCGAGGUUAAUACUCAUUACGUAAAAAGAUAUUCCGUUACGUAAAGGUUACGGAACGACAAUUAUUUCUUACGUAACAGUUAAAUUAGUAGCGUUACAUAAGGCUUUCGUAAUGACUUAGCGUUUUACGUAACGCGAGGUUAAUACUCAUUACGUAUAGGCACAUUCUAUUACGUAAGUAUUACGUAAUGAUCUUUUACAACUGUUACGUAAGACUACCAUAGGUUACGUAACCAUUACGUAAUGUUUGUUGUAUUUUACGUAAGACCUGUGAAACCUGCUAUAACAGGUAAGAAAACUCAAGUUACCUUACUUCAAGUUACCAUAGGAAAUCCCAUAUAUAUAUUUUUUAAGAUAGAGCUUUAUGACCGGCCCUUACGGUAAUAGGUGAGAUAAAGACCGACAUAUAAAUGUUAAUGAAAAACAAACACAAAAUUCUGUACAAAAUUACAAGUUAAACAACGGAAUUUUACGGGACGAAUCUCAAAUGAUGAACGUUAAAACCGUGACAAAUAAGCCUUUAUGACAUAAUUAGAGGUACUUUGAGGCUCUUGCCCCUUCUUAUUAUGUUGCCCUAAUGAAUUUCAUAUACUAGUAAACCUUGUCCCUGCUAACUUUUUUCCAGGCAAAUUUCAGCAUCGUCCAUCUAGAUAUUCACAAAGAAGAAAGUUCACGAAAAAUCACUACUUUUUGUUUCUUUCAUCGUGCAUUCGUCAAACACAAACCAACUGGUUGCAUAUAGGUUUGUUUUCUACUGGAAAAAAUCGUACAAUUGAUCAGUUACGUCUGAACUUUGAGGAGAUCAACACAAUAUUUACUAUGCAAGCUCUACACAUCUUCAAACAACCACGGAACCAUGAUGUGUUUUAGGGAAUUCCUACAAUGCCUUGAAGUAAGGUAACUUGAUUUUUUUUACCUGCUAUAGCAGGUUUCACAGGUUGCAUUACGUAAAACACAACAUGUGUUACGUAAUGAUUACGUAACGUAUGUGCAUUUUCCGUAACAGUUGUAAAAUCUCAUAACGGAAGUCUUACGUAAUGGAGGCUUCUUUUACGUAAUGAAUAUUAACCUUGCGUUACGCAAAGUGUGAAGGUAUUACGGAAGUCUUACGUAACACUUCUGAUUUAACUGUUACGUAAGAAACAACUGUCAUUACGGAAGCCUUACGUAAUUGAGGCUUCUUUUACGUAAUGAAUAUUAACCUUGCGUUACGUAAAGUGUGAAGGUAUUACGGAAGCCUUACGUAACGCUUCUGAUUUAACUGUUAUGUGAGAAACAACUGUCAUUACGGAAGCCUUACGUAAUGGAUAUGUAUUUUACGUAAUAGUUCUAAAAUGUCAUUACGGAAGCCUUACGUAAUUGGGGCUUCUUUUACGUAAUGAAUAUUAACCUUGCGUUACGUAAAGUGUGAAGGUAUUACGGAAGCCUUCCGUAACGCUUCUGAUUUAACUGUUACGUAAGAAACAACUGUCAUUACGGAAGCCUUACGUAAUGGAUAUGUAUUUUACGUAACAAUUCUAAAAUGUAAUUACGGAAGCCUUACGUAAUUGGGGCUUCUUUUACGUAAUGGGUAUUAACCUUGCGUUACGUAAAGUGUGAAGGUAUUACGGAAGCCUUCCAUAACGCUUAUGAUUUAACUGUUACGUAAGAAACAACUGUCAUUACGGAAGCCUUAUGUAAUGGAUGUGUAUUUUACGUAACAAUUCUAAAAUGUCAUUACGGAAUCCUUACGUAAUUGAGACUUCUUUUAGUAAUGAAUAUUAGCAUUGCUUAACGUUAUUGAGGCUUCUGAAAUUUUUUAUAAAUUAACUAGAGCUAUAAAACAGUGCGUGCAGUUUAGCAUCAAUCUACUAAUAUAGGCUAGCGGAUGAGUUGUAAUGGUAUUGGUAAUUGGGCAUGGUUCAAUUCUCAAUUGAAUUCUCAAUUGAAGCAUAUUUUACUCAAUUUCAUAUUGAUAUAUAUAUAUAUAUAUAUAUAUUUUUUUUUUCAAAUAUUAGCUACUUAAAAGUACAGGUGGCUAUAUGGUCCGGGCCGAUUAAAUUGGCUCCUCAAUUUCAUAUUGAUAUAAUUUUUUAUUUGUGGUUAUAUGGUCCGGGUCAAUUAAAUUGGCUCGAAUUGAUCCGGCCUGGUCUUGAACCGGUUCGGUUCCAAUUCGGUCUCGAUUUUAGAUUGAGCUUGUGGAGAUUUAAGUGGUCUAAGGCCUCUGUUGGUUAAGUUUUGGGUGUUGGUUACUCUUAUCUGGUCUUUAUCCGGUCUAAGUCCAAAAAUAGGAUUAGAUUGUUUGCUAUCUGGGUCCGAUCCUGGUCCGGGUUAUAUGGUCCAGUUUCGGGUAAAAUCCAAAAGCUCAGACCAAAUAGUCAGCCCUACUUAAAAGGUCUUUAUGGAAACAUUAUGUAAUGGCCAGUUCAUAACGUGUUUUGAAUUUGAGUGAUUGGUUAUGUGUCACUAAUUAAUCGACUUUUUAGUUAGGCGGAUUACAAGUAAACCACUGCAAUGAAUCAAUUCAAUUUCUCUGUUGUUUCUUUAUUCGAUUAAUUGGUGAUCUUUAAUAUUUAGUAUGAUUUAAGCAAGACAUAAUUUUAUGAACAAUAUUAAUCACUAUAUUCGAUCUAUUUUCAAUAUUAUGAAAUGUAUAUUUUUAGUGAAAUUUUUAUAUGGGAUAUAGUAUGAUACCCUUUUUCUAUUUAACUUUGUUGCUAUGUAUUGAAAUAUGAUUUUCUGUCGUCGACUGGAAGUUACGCAAGUCUCGUUGACCGGUCAGCGAGUCGGGGUCCAAGGAAGAUGCAUCUGGUUUGGGGGCUCAACGUGGCCCCUGAUCCAAGGUUAUUUGGCCCAAUCGAUUUUGAGUUACAAAUUGAUCCAAGGUUAUUUGGCCCAAUCGAUUUUGAGUUACAAAUUCAUCAGUUUGGUCAACCCACACAAUCACAAAUAAAUUUAGUUGGUCAUAUAGUUCAUGUUUUUUAGUGAAAGUUUUCCAUGGAAUGAUAGUAUGAUAUCCUUAUUCCUAUUUAACUUUGUUGCUAUGUCUAAAAACAACAUUUAUUCCCGUCGACUGGAAGUUACGAGGUUUUUGCUGACUAAUUUGAGUGCUUGGGGACGUAACGUGGCCCCUGAUCCAAUGGUGUAUGGCGAAAUCAAUUCUGUGUUACGAGUUCAUCAGUUUGCUCGACCCAUCAUGUCAUAACUAGAUUUAGGAGGUCAUACCAUUUAAGCUUGUUUGUGAAUUUUUUAUAGAGUUUUUUUAUAAAAAAUUUAAUUGGAAUGUUUUGAAUUUAUUAUUCUUCUUCCAUCAUAGUUAGAAAAUACUCCGGUAAAUACACAUAUAUGUAACCACUUAAAACUUUUGUAUCCGUAUUAUUGUCAAACCAUUUUAAUUUUUCGUUCAUUUGAAAGCUCCCGUAUUAAGCACGUAUAAACCCCAUAUAGCACAUUUAAUACCCGUAUUUAUAUAUUUAUGUAUUUUCAAAAUAAUUAGUUUUAUAUAAUUAUGACUAUUAACAAACUAUUAAACGUAAAAUUGGCUUAGAAAUGAAGUAAAAUAUCCAUAUGUAUUUUAUACGUAACUUUGUUGUACCGUAUUUUACUAAGUAUGUCUCUCAUAAUCAUAAUCUUCAGCAAAAAAAAAAAAUAAUUUGCAUAAAAGAAAUUGAAAAAAAAAGGAAAAAUACGAGACAACAAAGUUAGAGGGUCGGGCUUCCUUUCCCCUUCCCAUCUUUCUUCUUCGUCUUAUGAGACAACAAAGUUAGAGGAAAAAAAGGAAUGUAUUUUAUACGAGACAACAAAUAGAAACGUCCAUAAAUUCUCAACGGGAUUUGGAAGCGAAGUUACCGGAUCUGUGUCAAUUUCUUUGAUUUUGAACUUCGUGCAAAGAGAAAUUAUUAUAGUUAUCAAGUUUUCAAAUAUAAACAAAAAAAUAAUUAAAUGAUUAAAACUCUAGUCGAACAAUAUCCAAGUUUAUUGUACCUUAUUCUCCCAAUCAUCAUCUUUUUUUUUUUUUUUGAUCGACCGCCUUUUUUAGUACCUUGCUGUUUAGGACCUUGUUGUCUACCCCGACCUCUUACCGCUGGUUUGGUGGCCACAUAAGGAAACUGAAAUUGUGGACCGGCUUUGAGUACGUCUUUCUUUCGAAGUCCCAUGUUUGAAUCCUCUCUUGAUCGAAUCUUUUGAUUUACUCCAGCCAUAAGUCUCUCAAAUGAAUCUGUUUCAUCUUCCUCCUGCCACAAUUGAAAACAAGAUUACCACAAGAAAUUAAAAUAAUUAUAGAAGCUGGUCAUAUUAAUCUCCACGAAACAAUAAUGUUAUCCAUCACCUAACCACAAGCACUAAUAAUUAGAGAAUACAUAGGGAAUGAACACGCAUACACUUACAUGUUGAUUUGCCUUUAUUUUCUUUUCAUUUUGAGAUGGAAUUGCAUCAGUUGUCUUGUUUCCUUGCUUUCCCUUAAACCAACAAGUUCAAUAAAUCAACAUAUUUAUAAAAAAAUUCUAAACUAAAUUUGCAGACUCAAAAUGGUUUUAAAACUAAAAAAAUUACCAGGUGGUUUCUCUUAGCUUUUGAUAAUUGUAGAGGUGAGCUUGCAUCAUCUGAAAGCUCUAUAUUAUCUUCUUUUUUCGUUAAAUCAUGGACUAUGUUAUUCAACUUAUCAUAAAGAUUAGUUGAAUCUUCAAUUGUAGUCAGAUUGUCUCCGCUUUUCUUGUCUCCAUUGAUCGUACCAUUCGCAUCAAUCCUAACUUCCUCUUGUUUUCUUGUAAAAACAUGCACAUUUGUCGGCUCAUCCUCUAUGAUUAUUUUUGGACCUCCACUUUGCAACUGACUUUGAAUAGUGCCCAAAGUUGUGAUUAUUUGUGACAUGGCAUCAAACAUCUCCUUUUUCAAUUCACCUAAUUGUGACUUCGUAGAAUGCAUAUCUUUUUGGAACUCAUUUCUCAAUAGACCAAUUUCUACUUUAAUAUCCUGUGUCAAACAUGAAUAAAAUAAAAAAUUAAAUUAUUCUAUCAAUAAUGCAUUACUUCAUCAAUUUAAGAUAUGAGAUAGUAUAAGAUACACUCAUAAUAAAUAAAUAAAAUCUAUCUAACCUCAAUUUUGAAACAACUACCAGCAUCUCCGCCAAAUCCCACCUGCAUACAAAGAAAUUGAAUGAUUAGUU